GGGCGACCAAGGAAGUAUGAGCAAGGUGGCCAAGGAAGCGGACCCUCUCCUCGUCAAGAAGGCCGACACGGACGUCUUUGACGCGCGCAAGGAAUUCAUCACACUUGCCUCGAUGGCCGUGCAAGUGAGUCUGGCCAGCGUCGCCCGUAUCGCGCUCGUCUCGAUCGACUCGGCGUUCCUCGGGCACCUCGGCACGCAGGCGCUCGCCGCGUCCUCGCUGGCGUCGAUUUGGACGGCGGUCCCGCUCUUCACGGUCUGGAGCAUUGCGUCUUCGCUCGUCACGCUCUGCGGCCAAGCGUGGGGCGCCAAGAACUCGCAGCUCGUUGGCAUCUGGCUUCAAUUCGCGGUCAUUGUCGUCACGGUGCUCAUGGUGCCGGUAUUUAUUUGGUAUUGGUGCCUCGGCUACAUCAUGCAGUUUGCGACCUCGGACCCCGAGAUCAUUGAGCUCGGCACGCGCUUUGCCCGCAUCCUCGCCUUCUCGAUCUGGCCGUCGCUCCUCUACGCGUGCAUGCGCCAGUACUUCCAGGCCAUGGGCAUCGUCUUCCCCAUCACGAUUGUCGGCUGCGUCUCGAUUGUGCUCACGAUCGCGGCCAACUACGUUCUUAUUUACGGCUACGCGGGCUGGGGCGGUCUCGGCUUUGACGGGUCGCCGCUCGCGACCGUGCUCGCGUCGUGGUUCCAGCCCAUCUCGCUGUACCUCUACUGCUUCGUGUACAAGAAAUACCAUUUGCAGGCGUGGGGCGGCUGGCGCUUCGAAGAGCUCACGCGCGACCGCCUCGUUAUCUUUAUGCGCAUGGCGACGCCACUCGCACUCAACAACCUCCUCGUCAACAUGGCGCAGAGCUGCAUGUCGCUCAUUGCGGCCAAGCUCGGGUCCGAGUCGAUCGCUGCGAACGCCGUCAUGUCGACGCUCUGGAGCCUCGUGUGGGCGCUCUUCUGGGGCUUUGGCUGCGCGACGCAAGCACGCGUCGCCAACCACUUGGGUGCCGGUCACCCCAUCUCGGCGCAGAAGAUCUCGCUCAUGGGCUUCACGUGCACGCUCCUCACCGGCGUCGUGCUGGCGGCCAGCGUCUUUCUGCUCCGAAACGAAAUCUUCCGCUUGUACACGUCCGAUAGCGAGCUCCUCGGCAUGUGCAUCCUCGUGCUCCCGCUUUUCCUCCUCGGCUUCACGCUCGAGUCCCUCGAGAUGUCGAUCCAAGCGAUGCUCAACGGCAUGGGCCAGACGCACAUUGCGACGUACGUCUCGUUCUUUGCGUCGUGGUUUGUGCAGCUGCCGGUCUGCUACCUCCUUGCAAUCGCGCUCGACUGGGGUUUUGUCGGCAUUUGGUAUGGCACGUGCAUCACCGAGAUCUUCAAGCUCACGAUCUUCGGCAUCAAGUACCUCGGCAUCGACUGGAACGACAUGGCGCUCCAGGCGCUGCAGUCCAUGGAGGUCAAGGAAGACGACGACUCGACCGAGGAGCUCAACGCGAUGGACUUCAACCUCCCGGUCGGCUACGUGCUCUCGUCGCCGGCGUCGGCCGUGCUCUCGUCGUCCGCGACGCCGCGCCGCCGCCGCGGCUCGACCCACUCGUACCAUGAUGUGAACGAAGCGUAGUAGAUAUAUUAGAUGAACCAACUUGAUAAAUCCAGCAGUGUGCAUACUGUGUUGUCGCGAAA